AUGUCGAGCCAGCCACUUCUUCAGACCGCUCCCGGCAAGCGUAUUGCCCUGCCGACCCGUGUCGAGCCCAAGGUUUUCUUCGCCAACGAGCGCACGUUCCUUUCGUGGCUCAACUUUACCGUCAUCCUCGGCGCUCUCGCCAUCGGCAUGCUUAACUUUGGCGACCGGCCGGCCUUUAUCUCGGCCUUCCUCUUCACGGGCGUCGCCAUGCUCGCCAUGAUAUACGCCCUCUUUACAUACCACUGGCGUGCAAAAUCCAUUCGCAUGCGCGGCCAGGCCGGCUUCGACGACCGAUUCGGUCCCACCAUUCUCGCCAUCAUUCUGCUCUGUGCAGUUGUUGUCAACUUUGUCCUCCGCAUCACGUACUCGGAUAGCAAGAAGCACUAG